AUGAGCACAAAUUUCAAGAAGCAAGUUGAGGAUUUUGAGAAGGAUUUCAUUCUCAUUUUUCCUCAAUUGCGCGAGUUUGGGAAAACUGGAUUACAACAAGAAUUUUGUAUUCUUGUCACGAAGGACCUUUGGUGGAAAGUUCGUGUGUUCGUCGAGAAUGGUUUCAAGCCAAUUCUCGAAAGUGACCAUUGGACAAGGGCAGGCGUUGAAGAGAAAAUUUACGAAGUGAAGCGAACGCUUCGUGUGCAA